GGUAUUGCACCUGCAUACAAACCACUGAACCUGCUGCUGGCGCUGGAGAAGAAGCGUACCGACUAUUUUCAAUUUUCUCAUACCAGCCGCCCAGUAAACUUGACAACCAGAAAAAUCACAUCUAAGGACUUAUAAACAGUCACUUAUAGGCAUUUGACUAUUUAAUAAUGCAUUCAAUAGAUGUAUCAAUUCCGUCUUUUCGAUCGGAGGGCAGUAAUGUGGACAAGGGCUACACGGUUUUUAAGAUCGAGGUGCUUAUGUGUGGUAGACAACACACGGUAGAGAAACGAUACAGUGAGUUUCAUGCUCUACAUAAAAUGCUCAAAAAGAUCAUAAAACCUCCUGAAAUCCCUUCAAAGCAUGUGAGGAACUGGGUUCCCAAGGUUCUCGAACAGAGAAGACAUGGACUAGAGCUUUACCUCCAGACUAUGAUCAUGGAAAAUGAGGUGCUUCCAAAGAUAUUCUUGGAUUUCCUCAAUAUCCGCCAUUUCCCGUCACUACCGAAAGCAGAGAGUUGUGGGUCAUUUGAAACUGAAUCAGAUGAAUCAAGUAAACUGACACACCAGCCAACGCUGGUCUUCCAGAGGGAUCCAUAUCUGCUGCCAGACACCAAUGAUACAUUUUCAAAUAUGGUCAUUGAAGGUGUGAUACGUGGAAUAUUCUAUCCGGACUUCCAGCCCAGGUAGAUCUCAGCGCUGCGGAAAACAUCACCACUUUCACGGAUAAAAGGGAUUCGUAUUACCAACACUAAAUCGCCUAGCGCCAGUUUAAAAUAUUUGCUUUUACGGCCUUAACAUUUUUUUGGUAAACACUCCAUUGAUUUUCACCUGAUUUUUAUUUUUUUUUGUUUUUUACACAGUGGUUAAGAUCUAUUUGUUUUUCUAUUUGUUUUUUUAAGUGUUCAAAUCAAGUUCUUGUUUCAUCUCAGAUUUCAAGUGUACAGUAUAGCAUACAUUUGCACAUUUGUAAGACAGAACAAAACAUGCUGUGAUUUGAACCAAGUUUGCAUGUGUGAUGAGGUCAGUACAGGUGAAUUUGAUCUGUUAAAAAUCUGCUACUCUAUUUUGCUAUGAAAACCUCCUGUGUGGUAAAGGGAACUAAUGUGUGAACCAAAUGUAAAUCCAUUGCAUGUCUAUGUUACUUUACUAUGCUACUCCCCUAAACUGGUAAUAAAGAGAGUAACUGUAGUAGUAAAAAAAUUAGUUACUAAGCUAACUGAUAUACUGGACCAAGUAAAACUUUUUAACUGGAUUAUCAAUGCAGGUUAGUCUUGGACUAAUGUCUUAUAUUUUUCAGAAACAACUUUGUGUAAGAUGAGAGCAUUUAAACACUAGAUUUACACUACUUUUAAAAGCAAUAGCAGUGAAGAUAAUGUGAUUAGAGAGAGGUUACUUACAUGAUUUACAACUUUUGUUAAACCCAUCUUGAUGUUGACAUAAUGCAAAGAGUAAAACUGACACAUGAUUUAUUAUAUACAGAUACCAUUCAAGCAGUUAUAUUUAAUUAAGUGUUUGUUUCACCAAGAUGUCUCUUAAUUGUAUGAAAUAUGUGCCAUGUGAUGUUUGUUUAACUGUUGACACUUUUGAUUGUUGUUUGAUGCACUUUAACAUGGGUGAAAAAAUGUUUAUCUGAAUAUCAUUUUAAAAACUGACAGCAAUAAAACAUCACACAUUCAUUCA